CGGGCUCCAGGCUUGGCCGCACUUGCUCACCAGUCGUGCGCCGGGGGCUUUUGUGGCGGGGCCGGCCUAGGCUUUGUGUCCGAGUUCUGCGCCGUGCCCGCGGCGCUGCUCCGGGUCAGGGAUUCCCCCUAAGCGGCGGGCGCAGCCCCCGGGACCAGUGAGCGAGCGAGAGAGCGCGCCGGCGUGAGCGGCGGCGACCGUGAGGGGCCGAGGAGGAGAGGAGGAGGGGGACGAGAUGCCGGAGUUCCUAGAGGACCCUUCGGUCCUGACCAAAGACAAGUUGAAGAGCGAGUUGGUCGCCAACAACGUGACGCUCCCGGCCGGCGAGCAGCGCAAGGACGUGUACGUGCAGCUCUACCUGCAGCACCUCACGGCGCGCAACCGGCCGCCGCUCGCCGCGGGAGCCAACAGCAAAGGGCCGCCCGACUUCUCGAGCGACGAGGAGCGCGAGCCCACUCCGGUGCUCGGCUCCGGGGCCUCCGUGGGUCGCGGUCGCGGCGCCGUCGGCAGGAAAGCCACAAAGAAAACUGACAAGCCCAGGCUAGAAGAUAAAGAUGAUCUGGAUGUGACAGAGCUCUCUAAUGAAGAACUUCUGGAUCAGCUUGUGAGAUAUGGAGUGAAUCCUGGUCCCAUUGUGGGAACAACCAGGAAGCUGUAUGAGAAAAAGCUGUUGAAACUGAGGGAGCAGGGAACAGAGUCGAGAUCCUCUACUCCUCUUCCAACAGUCUCUUCCUCUGCAGAAAACACAAGACAGAAUGGAAGUAACGACUCUGACAGAUACAGUGACAAUGACGAAGGAAAGAAGAAAGAACACAAGAAAGUGAAGUCCGCUAGGGAUUGUGUUCCUUUUUCUGAACUUGCAUCUUCUCCCUCUGGUGCAUUUUUUCAGGGUAUUUCUUUCCCUGAAAUCUCCGCCCGUCCUCCUUUGGGCAGGACUGAACUGCAGGCAGCUAAGAAAGUACAUACUGCUAAGGGAGACCCACCUAGGGAGACUUGUACUGAUACAGCCUUGCCUGGGAAGGGACAGGCGCAGAAGUUAGCCCCUGGACGGAGUUUAUUUAUUCCUUCAGAGUCUAGCUAUGAUAGAUGUGUAGAGAAAAGUUCUUCACCAUCUUCUCAGCGUGAAUUUGCUGCCAGGCUGGUCUCUGCUGCAGCUUCUCCUUCACUGAUAAGAGAAACCACUACUACUUACUGUAAGGACAUAGUAGAAAAUAUUUGCCAUGGAGGGAAGAGUAGAACUCAGCCAUCUCGUGCUGAGGAGCCUGGUGUUUCAGAUCAGUCAGUUUUCUCUAGUGAAAGAGAAGUACUGCAAGAGUCGGAGAGGUCACAGGUCAUUUCUCCACCACUUGCUCAAGCAAUCCGAGACUAUGUCAAUUCUCUGUUAGUCCAGGGUGGAGUCGGCAGUUUGCCUGGAACUUCUAAUUCUGUACCCACACUGGAUGUAGAAAACAUAUGUAAGAGACUUGGCCAGUCCAGCCGUCAAGAAUCCGAAUCCCUGUCCCCUCCCCGAAAAGUCCCUAGACUCAGUGAGAAGCCAGUAAAGGGAGGGGACUCAGGCCCCUGUGUGGCAUUUCAAAAUACACCUGGAUCCGAACAUAGGUCUUCUUUUGCCAAGAGUGUUGUCUCUCAUUCUCUUAAUACUUUAGGAAUAGAAGUGUCAAAGCAGCCACAGCGUAAUCAAAUAGAUACCCCAGAACCAUCUUUUCCUCUCCACGAGUCUAUCCUAAAAGUCAUCGAAGAGGAGUGGCAGCAGAUUGAUAGGCAGCUGCCCUCGUUGGCAUGCAAGUAUCCAGUUUCCUCCAGCGAGGCAACUCGGAUAUUAUCAGUUCCAAAAGUAGAUGAUGAAAUCCUGGGGUUUAUUUCUGAAGCCACCCCACGAGCAGCCACUCAGGUGUCCUCCCCUGAGUCUUGUGAUAAACAUGUGGACUUAGCUCUCUGUAGAUCUUAUGAAGCUGCGGCAUCAGCAUUGCAGAUUGCAGCCCACACUGCCUUCGUAGCUAAGUCUCUGCAGGCCGACAUAAGUCAGGCUGCACAGAUGAUGAACUCAGACCCCAGUGGUGCACAGCAGGCACUCGGGAUUCUGAACAGAACCUAUGAUGCAGCUUCCUAUCUUUGCGAUGCUGCAUUUGAUGAGGUGAGGAUGUCUGCCUGUGCCAUGGGGUCUUCUACCAUGGGCCGGCGGUAUCUGUGGUUGAAGGACUGUAAGAUUAAUCCAGCUUCUAAGAAUAAACUGACUGUUGCCCCCUUUAAAGGUGGAACAUUAUUUGGAGGGGAAGUACACAAAGUUAUUAAAAAGCGUGGAAAUAAGCAGUAAUAAGGUUUAGAACAAAGACAGAAACUUUGACUUGGAGAAUUUGUGACUCCUAAGAAUUUAGUCUCCUAAUAGAGCUAAUUUCAAGGUGUUAAGAUUCCACUCGUCAAGUUAGAGUAUAAUUGCAAAUAUAGAAGCCUAGUACAGUUGAAGCUUAAGAGAUCACAUUUGCCUUACAAGAGUUUACAGCUUCCUAUUUUACACACUGUAGAUUUACAAGGAAUUCCAGCAACUAAAAUAAUCGGUAGAAUCCUCACUUUAGUAUGCCGUUCACAUACUUCCUUAUGUGUAGGUCAGAGGUAAACAUGGUUAGUCACUUGAAACACUGUUUUUGUUGUUGUUUUGUUGUUUGUUUCUUUUCCCUUCCUGCUCACAGGCGUUUAUUUCUGAGAAGUGUAGUGUGUAGGCAUGCCAAGUCUCACAGCUUUUGGGAUUUCAGUCUGCUCUGCUUUCUGCUGCUUACUUUGAUUGCAUAAAUUGGUUUGGCUAAAAGUCCUUCUGUUGUCCACUCAUUACAUUGCAAGACAUCUUACAGGUGAUCUUUGUACCAUAAUUCUUAGCUAAGCAUCUUCAUGCUCUUAACAUCUGUUCACACUCUUGUUCAUACUUCUGUCUGCAACGAAUUUCAUAAUUCUAGAUGAGUGUAACUCUUUUAAGUGCCAGUACACAGACUUACCGAUUGAUUCACAGACAAGUGUGUGCAUGUAUCAAAGGGAAAGGCACUGCUGCUCAGUGGUAAGUGCGUAAGACUAGCAUGCAUAUGAGUUCAGUUCACAGCCACUUUAAAAAAGUUUAAUGAGAAUUUAAAUUGAGAGAUACUUUGUAAACAAAUGAUAAGAGGUAAACUUGCAUACCUAUAUGUACAUAUAAACACAUUUAUGCAUAUUUUUACUAAAUGAAUAGAAAAGGCAGUGUACAGUUUUAUGACUGAGAGAGGAGGUAGCCAACAAUUCCUGGUUAUACAAGUACUUGGACCACAUUUGAGGAACACAGCUAGGGGUGAUAAGUAGAAUUCUGGUAUACCUCAUGUUCACUCAACAUGACUAUUUUGUUAGAUGAACAAGACACUACAAAGAUGGGGCUUUUUUAUUUUCUACGUGUAUUUAAAGGUAUUUUGUACAUCCUACGUAGUUAAAUUUCCGAUCUGGAUGCUAAAACCAAGUUAUUUUCUAAAAAUCUUGAGAAUUUUUUACUAUACCCCAAUGUCUGUUUCUGAAUAAAGCAAUGUAUUACUCUGUUUUCACUUGUAUGGUUGUAAGGUAAGGUAUCCUAGUUAUAGAGAUGGAAAAUAGUCUCAAGCAUAAUCAAAUGCAAUCUUGGUGUACAUGUCUGCUGCUCCCAUGUUCUUAAGACUACACAUUCCAUCUCUGCAGCUUUGUUACUUGUCUUCUAAAAUGUACAUGUAUACAUGUACCUGUUAAGUGCUGUGUGAUUUCUUUAAAGCAAUGUAUUCCUGUAGAAUGCUUCUACAAAUUCAAUAAAGUUGUUAAAUUUGAA